AUGAUGAUCUUGUGGUGGCGGAACAAAAUCGCCACAAAUCCCAAGAGCUUAAGCAUGCGGCCGAUCUUGAAGACAAGGUAUCCAAGGAGGAGCAGCAUACAAGCGAACUUGAGAAAGAGGCUGCAGAGAAGGCCAGGGCAAAGGCUGACAAGUUGUCAGAACAAGCAAAAGAGAACAAGAAGGCAAGUCAAAGCGACCAGGAACUUUCGAAAGACUUGGCGGUCUCCGCGGGUGCAGCUUGGGCGGCUGCUGAUGCCAUGCAAGCCAAAGCUACUUCGGAUGCAGCACAGGCUGGUCGUUAUGAAGAGGAAGCAACGACAGACACUGCCGAAGUCGAAGAAGAUGAGGCAACUGUUUCUUCUGUUGAAUGGUUUCUUGGACUGUACUUAG